AUGAAUGUCCAUCAAGUGGACAGGUGGGGGGAAACUCCCAUGUUUUAUGCGAUGGAAGCCAAGAAGACCGAGACGGUCAUAUACCUGCUGAAGAAGGGUGCUUCGCUCGGGGUGAACAACCACAACUUCGAGUCGCCAGAGAGCCUUGCACCGGUGGACGUGGCUCGCGAGCUGCAGGUCCGGAUGAAGGAGUGGGCCGAGCCCUCAAAGGCUCCGGAGCGGUCGGGAGACACAAGGAAGAGAAAGAGGCCGGAUGAGGAGGAGGUUGAGGAGCAAGGAUCAGCCGCAGAGGGACCCCGUGCGCUGCAGGAAUGGGCGGCAAAGCCUGCGAAGUUGCCGCGGAACUGGAAAACCCAGUUGGCUCGGGAGAACCUCAAAGGAGAGCCAAAAGUCAUCGCUGACACGUUUACACACAAGGUGACACUGGUGACCAGCGACGCCCUGGAGGAGGUCCGCCUGCUGGAAAAGACGCUCGUGGCGGACCAGGCUGUCCUGUUCAAGAAGAAGCUGUUCGUCCGGUCGUGCAGGGCGGCCGACUUCUGCUUAGCACUGGGAGCCUAUGAGAAGGAUGGCCAGUUUUUUGCUGAAUACUCUCACAUUGUCGCGAAUCGCGGCAAAGUUGGCUCUCUCGUGCUGGUGGCUCGGGACAAAAUGACCGGGCGCAUCGUAGGCUUCGUCCACGCCGAGAAGGCCAAAAAAGAAUUGCUGAUUGGCCACCUCAAGGCGACGUGUUUCAGACUUUGGGCUUCGGGCCCGGGUAUCAGGGCUUGGGGUUUCGGGUUUCAGGUUUCGGGGUUUGGCUUUCGGAUUAGAAUAAUGAUCCUACGAAGGGUUCCAGAAGAAAGUUUAAAGUUAGGGUCUGGGGCUUAUAGGGUUUUGGGCUCCGGAUUUAGGGUUUAUGGCUUUAGGGGUUUGACGCUUAUGGCUCGGGGUCCCGGGCUCAGGGCUUCGGGUUUGCGGCUUAGGGCUCAAGGUUUAAAAACGACCACGUGA